GUUUCUUGAUCGGUCUUUGCUCCUCCAUCUCAACCACGCAACUACUCUCGUCGUAAUUGCGUCUACUUUCAUCACUAAGCCUCUACCACAGGUCUAUCCGGCCGCUGAAAAUCGCAAAAAUGGGACUCAACAGCUUCCUGAACUUCUAUUCGCAGGCCAUGGCUCGAUCAUGGCUGUUGAGCAACACCGCCAUCCAAUACUAUUGUGCCUGCUGCGGCGCAACAUCCGGCAUCUUCUUUAUCAUGGCUUUCGCCGUUGCUGACUUCAUACCUCCAACCAAGCCAUCUUGGGACGCUGAGCAAGUAGCCCACUUUUACCAAGAACACACCACCCGAAUUCGUGCAGGUGCUGCGAUUCUUAUGAUAGCAGGCGGUUUCUAUCUACCCUUCUCCACUGCGAUAUCCUACCAGAUCCGCCGUGUUCCUCGGAUACCCUAUAUAAUUUACCAAGUGCAGCUGGCUUCAGCAGCCGCUGGUAUCUGGACGUUCAUGCUGCCUGGCAUUGUCCUUGCGAUUGCAUCAUACCGUCCCGACCGGCCAGUCGAAAUUACUCAUGCACUGAACGACUUCUUCUGGCUCGUUGCAUUGAUGCCUUGGCCUACCUUCAUGGUUCAAAACUUUGCCUUCGCCUACGCCAUUAUCGUCGACUCACGCAAGAAGCCUCUAUUCCCCAAAGAGUUGGCCCUUGUGAAUAUAAUAAUGCCAAUCAUUUUCUCCUUUGCAACUGGAAUUCACACCGAAUAUAAAGGGCCAUUCGCUUAUAAUGGAGUCAUCGCUUUUUACAUCGUUGGUUUCACGUUUGUCGUGCAGCUCGUUGUUGACGGAAUCUACCUGGCUCUCGCCGCUCGAGAGGAGGAGAGGAACGGUGAGGUGGACAAGGAGGACGUUGAGUCUCGUCGAGACCUCGACUUGAGUCCUGUUCAGGAUGCAUAAGUUAAGGUGUGGGAAGACCAAGGGAGUCGGCGGUAUUCUGGGUAUGCCGGGAGGAGUGCAAGGGAUGAAGAUUGGGUUGAUAGUAAGGUUAAAUAGUACUAUUUGUUGGCGAGUUUACCUCUUAGUAGCCCUAUUCUGGAAG